UGUAAUGCUGCAGCCGGUGAAAUCGACGGCGAUGCUCUCCGCAGCCAUCUUCCGCCGCAAACCGCCGAGAUACCACCAAUGCUUCUGCUCCCUCGCGACCAUCGACUACCAGCCGCAGUGGUCCGGCCUUCACAACUGGCGGCGAAGCCCGCUCAACCGCGACCGCCAUUGGGGCCCGAACGGACCUAUUCUCCACGAUAAUGAAAUUGAACAUGCGUCAUCAUCUCCUGACUUCACCUCUUGCUCUUCUCUGGCGGAAAUGGCCGCCCUCGUUCUCUCCACCCCAGACCCCCUCGCAAAAGCUAAGCUUUCUCACGCUGCCUACUCCAAAUGGCGACGCGAGGGUUUGCCAAUUGGAGUCUCAGAUGCCCCUUCUAAGCCUGCUCGCCCUGCUAAACCCCAAUUGGUUUCCCCAAAAGACAUUCCCUCGCCAAAGAGUUCGGGUCUACCUCUCAAUGCCUACAUGCUUCAUAACCUCGCUCAUGUUGAGCUAAAUGCUAUUGAUCUUGCAUGGGAUACUGUUGUUAGGUUCUCACCAUACGUUGAGCUUCUUGGUGAAGGUUUCUUCGCCGACUUUGCUCAUGUAGCUGAUGACGAGAGCCGGCAUUUCACUUGGUGUUCACAAAGGCUCGCAGAGCUUGGAUUUAGCUAUGGCGACAUGCCAGCUCAUGGUGUUUUGUGGGCUGAAUGUGAGAAAUCAUCGGAUAAUGUUGCAGCUAGGCUUGCAUGCAUCCCAUUAGUUCAGGAAGCCCGAGGGCUAGAUGCUGGACCACGACUUGUCAAUAAACUGACCGGCUUCGGGGAUCAACGAACCUCGAGCAUUGUUGCAAGGAUAGUCGAUGAAGAAGUUGCUCACGUUGCAGUUGGUGUGUACUGGUUCGUCUCCAUUUGCCAGAAACUGGGCCGCACCCCUGGCUCUGCUUUUGCAGAUAUUCUGAAAGAGUAUAAUGUAGAGAUAAAAGGUCCAUUCAAUCAUUCAGCUCGAGAAGUAGCUGGUAUUCCUCGUGAAUGGUAUGAUCCUUCUCCUGCAGCCAACAACGAAAACAAGCUUUCUGAGGUAUAUGAAAGGCUUGCUUGCAUUAUCUCCAUGGAGCAAGAAAAUUCAAGUUUGGGAAAGCCACCCAAAUGAGACGCAAUCUAUCUUUUUUUUUUUUACUAUGUAAAUCUAUUAGUUAGGUUGAUUCCUUCCUUCCUUCCUUUAAAUCUUGGUGGAAUGAUAUAUAGGAAGCAUGAAAUUUUAUUAUAUUGAACAUAGUAUGAAAAUCUGUUCUGCAAGAACUUCAUUACUUUGAUCACUA